AGGCCUGGCGGGCUCAGAGGAAAGAGAGGAGUGGGGAGGCGACUUCUUCGGCAGCCUCGGUGGUGCGCAGGCGCUGUGGCUCCACUGGGAACUUUGUUCUCCGCGGAGAAACCCAAGGGCGGUGCCGGUGGCUGGUUGCGCACGCGCGCCGCUUUAUUUCCGGUGCUCUCUCUUGCUGGGUCGCUCCGGUCGGCUUCGGUCGCGGUCGUUCAGGCUCUCCCACCUUCGCUAACCGCCGCUCGGGCCUCUGUCGCUGCCGCGUCGCUUCCUCGAUCCCUCGACCGCACAUCCUCCCCAAUGCAGCGCCGGGACGACCCCGCCGCGCGCAUGAGCCGGUCCUCGGGCCGCAGCGGCUCCAUGGACCCUUCAGGUGCCCACCCCUCAGUGCGUCAGACACCGUCUCGGCAGCCACCGCUGCCUCACCGGUCCCGGGGAGGCGGAGGAGGAUCCCGGGGGGGCGCCCGGGCUUCGCCCGCCACGCAGCCGCCACCGCUGCUGCCGCCCUCGGCCACUGGUCCCGACGCGACAGUAGGUCCAGCGCCGACCCCGCUGCUGCCCCCUUCAGCCACUGCCUCCGUCAAAAUGGAGCCAGAGAACAAGUACCUGCCCGAGCUUAUGGCGGAGAAGGACUCGCUCGACCCGUCCUUCACUCACGCCAUGCAGUUGCUGACGGCAGAAAUUGAGAAGAUUCAGAAAGGGGAUUCAAAAAAGGAUGAUGAGGAGAAUUACUUGGAUUUAUUUUCUCACAAGAACAUGAAGCUAAAGGAGCGGGUAUUGAUACCUGUCAAGCAGUAUCCCAAGUUUAAUUUUGUGGGGAAGAUCCUUGGACCACAAGGGAAUACAAUCAAAAGACUUCAAGAAGAGACUGGUGCAAAGAUCUCUGUGUUGGGAAAGGGCUCGAUGAGAGACAAAGCCAAGGAGGAGGAACUGCGCAAAGGUGGAGAUCCCAAAUAUGCCCACUUGAAUAUGGAUCUGCAUGUCUUCAUUGAAGUCUUUGGACCCCCGUGUGAGGCUUAUGCUCUUAUGGCCCAUGCGAUGGAGGAAGUCAAGAAGUUUCUAGUACCAGAUAUGAUGGAUGAUAUCUGCCAGGAGCAGUUUCUAGAACUGUCCUACUUGAAUGGAGUACCUGAGCCUACUCGUGGACGUGGGGUGCCAGCGAGAGGCCGAGGAGCUGCGCCUCCUCCUCCACCUGUUCCCAGGGGCCGAGGUGUUGGACCACCUCGGGGGGCUUUGGUGCGUGGUACACCCGUGAGAGGAACCAUCACCAGAGGUACCACUGUGACUCGAGGAGUGCCACCCCCACCUACUGUGAGGGGUGCUCCAACACCAAGAGCACGGACAGCAGGCAUCCAGAGAAUACCUCUGCCUCCACCCCCUGCACCAGAAACAUAUGAAGAAUAUGGAUAUGAUGAUACAUACGCAGAACAGAGUUAUGAAGGCUACGAAGGCUACUACAGCCAGAGCCAAGGGGACUCAGAAUAUUAUGACUAUGGACAUGGGGAGGUUCAAGAUUCUUAUGAAGCUUAUGGCCAAGAUGACUGGAAUGGGACCAGGCCGUCACUGAAGGCCCCUCCAGCUAGGCCAGUGAAGGGAGCAUACAGAGAGCACCCAUAUGGACGUUAUUAGAAACAAACAUGAGGGGAAAAUAUCAGUUAUGAGCAAAGUUGUUACUGAUUUCUUGUAUCUCCCAGGAUUCCUGUUGCUUUACCCACAACAGACAAGUAAUUGUCUAAGUGUUUUUCUUCGUGGUCCCCUUCUUCUCCCCCCUUACUCCAUUCUUACUCUGCAUUCUGGCUUCUGUAUGUAGUAUUUUAAAAUGAGUUAAAAUAGAUUUAGGAAUAUUGAAUUAAUUUUUUAAGUGUGUAGAUGCUUUUUUUCUUUGUUGUUUAAAUAUAAACAGAAAUGUACCUUUUAUAAUUAAAAAAAAAAAGUUGAGUUAAAAAAAAACCACAAACCUGUUAGUUUCAAAAGUGACAUUGCUUGCUUAAAGGUUCUGAAGUUAAGGCUUGUUAACUUUCUCUUAGUUUUGAUUUGAGGCAUCCCGUAAAGUUGUAGUUGCAGAAUCCCAAACUAGGCUACAUUUCAAAAUUCAGGGCUGUUUAAGAUUAAAAUCACAAACGUUAACGGCAGUAGGUGCCAUCAUGUAAAAGUGAGCUCAGAUGUCUCUAAAAAUGUUUCCUUUAAAAGCACAUGGCGGUUGAAUGCUUAAGGUUAAAUUUUAAUAUGAAAGAUCCUCAUGAAUUAAAUAGUUGAUUCAAUUUUUAACAUUAAUUGAUUUAAAAACAACAACAAAAUUAGGUUUGUAAAACUGACUUUUUCAUUAUGUGGGUUUUGAAAUCUAGCCCCAGACAUACAGUGUUGAGAGAUACUUAGGCGGGGAGUAGGUUUUGAAGAGGUUAAUUGGGGGAGAGGGGCGGGCCACCUGAAUUGAAUUUUGUUGUAGAGCUUUUUAACCAAGAACAGUCUUUCAGUAAUAGUACUAAUAAUUAAAAUUUCAGUAUUUAUAAAGACAAAGUAUUGUGUCCGUUUUAGAUUCUACACUCCAUAAAAAACUCACUUGAACACUGGGGGCCAAAAGCUGAUUUCAUAAGUUGACGUUUGUCAAUAUUGAACUGUUCCCAAGGUAGUUAGUCAAGUAUGUCUCAACACUAGCAUGAUAUAAAAAGGGACACUGCAGCUGAAUGAAAAAGGAAUCAAAAUCCACUUUGUACAUUAGUUAAAGUCCUAAUUGGAUUUGUACUGUCCUCCCAUUUUGUUCUCGGAAGAUUAAAUGCUACAUGUGUAAAUCUGCCUAAAUAGGUAGCUUAAACUUAUGUCAAAAUGUCUGCAGCAGUUUGUCAAUAAAGUUUAGUCCUUUUUUAAUCAAAGUAAAUGUGAUGAAUUGUCAUUUUUUUUUUUUUUUUUUUUGGGUGGACAAUAAAAUAGUUUUCUCUUUCAAAUAAACUUAAAUUAACUCUAAAGUUAAUGGUCUUGUUAAAAGUUGGAGACAUCUUAAAAGUGGGGGGGGUGGGUUUUAUUUUAAGUUUACCAAAAAAAAGUUUAUGGAGUUGUUAAGUUUUAGUUUAAAAAUAACCAAAGCUUUUUCACCCCCUGGAAGUUGUUGAAAACAUUUUAUCCAAUCCUAUCACAAGCCUUAAUUCCUGGAGAGAAAAACCCAACUGAGCCGAAACUGGAUUGGUUUCCACACACAGGUCUCAGUAUUUAUAAUGCCUGCCACCCCAUUUUGCACCUUCCAUAGAGCCCCUAGGUGGCUCAAAAGAGUGAUGCCAAAUAAUCUCUUGAGAGCUUGGAAAGGGAUGGCAUCUGGGGUGCCCUUAAGGGUUUCCCUUCCCUUCAAUCCCAGAAAUGCUGCUGGGGCAGCAUCUGGCAUAAUAGGCUGGUUCUGAACUCCCUCCCAAGGGGCCAAGGGAGGGAAUGAUGGAAUUGGUUGGCUCCAUUUCCACUUUAUGUUAAUUCUCAGGGUUUUCAUGCCUUCCCAAAGGGAGCCACCUAAACUGCUCGGGGGUGAAAAAUCCUCUUGUAUGAAAUGCCAAGCUGCCUGCAGCAGUGCAUGAUGGGCAUUUUUUUUUUUUUUUUUGUCUUUUUAAAACACACCAACAAAAAAUUGUAUUUGUAGAUUGUGAUAAAGUGUAAAUAACUGAAUUUUCAACCAUGGUUUGAAGUCAGCUUUCAGGGCAUUAUGUCUUGUUUUGAU